AUGUAUAUGUCCUGGAAGAAGGACCCUGAAAACGUCCAUGUAUCAUGGCACACAUAUUUCCGCAACAUGGAAGAUCCCUCAGUGCAUUCGACGCAAGCUUUUCAGCCACCGCCAGGCAUAAUCUCGCCCAGGCACACACCGGCUAUCAAAUCGUCUGUCAGUGCGGAUUCGAGUCACGUUGUCGACUCUCUCAAGACCCAGAAUAUCAUUCGUGCGUUUCAGCAGUAUGGUCAUUCAGCCGCAAAGAUCAGCCCUCUCGGCGAAGUCGGCAACACGACAAUCAAGCCGCACGACGAUAUCCCAAGCACAACAAACUUGGGCAAGUACGGCUUCACCGCCGCAGACUUGGACCGCGAAAUCGUCCUAGGUCCAGAGCUUCUUCCCCAACUCGCACAGGACCGUAAGACGAUGAAACUUCGCGACAUCAUCGCCACGUGCGAACAGAUCUACUGCGGCUCUAUUGGAGUCGAAUACUACCACGUCUCCGACCCCACCAAGCGCCAAUGGCUCCACGAGCGCAUAGAAGCAUACCACACCUUGCCCCCCUCUCCCGAAGAGAAGAAGCAGAUUCUCGACAACUUGAUCUGGGCAACCACCCUCGAGCGCUUCCUCGCCGUCAAAUUCCCUAACGAAAAGCGUUUCGGCCUUGAUGGCGCAGAAGGACUGGCUCCCGGCUUAGCCGCGCUCAUCGAUCGUUGCGCGGAGGCGCACGGCGUGCAGGAUAUCGUUAUGGGAAGCUGUCACCGCGGAAGGAUGAAUCUUAUGAGCACGGUGUACGGCAAAGACUACGAGACGCUGUUCCGUCAGUUUGCGGGGACGGAGACGUUUGAUACGGCGAACGGGCAGACUGGGGAUGUCAAGUAUCACUUUGGCAUGGAGGGCGAGAGGGCGACUGCUGGAGGGAAGACGGUCGGCAUCUCCAUGUUGCCAAAUCCGUCACACUUGGAGGCUGUUGAUCCGGUUGCUCAGGGGAAGGCCAAGGCUAUGCAGCAUCUGAAGGAUGAUGUUGAUCAGUCCAAGGUGAUGUUCUUGGCUCUCCACGGCGACGCCGCCUUUUCUGGUCAGGGACCUGUGUACGAGACGCUCAACCUCUCGGCCCUGAAGGGCUAUGAAGUUGGCGGCACGAUCCGGAUCGUUGUGAAUAACCAAAUUGGUUUUACUACCGACUCUUCAGACUCCAGGUCAACGCCGUACUGCACGGACCUGGCCAAAUACAUCGAGGCACCGAUCUUCCACGUCAACGCCGAUGAUCCGGAAGCCGUUGUGUUUGUCAGUAAGCUGGCUGCGGACUGGAGAGCCGAAUUCCGUUCGGAUAUCGUCGUUGAUGUCGUCUGCUACCGGCGAUUUGGGCAUAACGAGAUUGAUCAGGCUAGUUUCACGCAGCCUGAAAUGUACAAGAGAAUUGCCGAACAGAGAUCAUUGAUGGACCUCUACAUCGAGAAGUUGAUCAGCGAGGGUGGGAUGUCUGCUGAAAUGGCGGAGCAGCAGAAGACCUGGGUUUGGGAGCAGCUGGAGGAGAAGCUGGCGAGAAGCAAGCAGCCAGCUGAUCGAUUUCUGGAUGCUACUUCGGAGCCUACUUCAGUCGCUGGCACUACUGCAUCUGCGAAUACAGUUGAUGAAGCCGCGCUCUCGGCAAUCACCAAAACAAUCACAAGCGUCCCAGAAGGCUUCAAUCUCCACCGCAACCUCUCACGUAUCCUCGCCGCCAAGAAGCAGGCCUUUGAUGACGGCACGGUCGACUGGUCCACAGCAGAAGCCCUCGCCUUCGGAACCCUCCUCCAAGACGGCAAGUCCAUUCGCCUCAGCGGCCAAGAUGUCGAGCGAGGCACCUUCUCCCAGCGCCAUUCCGUCCUGCACGAUCAAGUCACCCACGCAGAGUAUACGCCCCUGAACAACCUAGACAAUCCAGGAGCAAGCACAUACAGCGCAAUCAACUCCCCGCUCAGCGAGUUCGGCGUGCUAGGGUUCGAUUACGGAUACUCCCUGGCUGCGCGAGACUCGUUGGUGCUGUGGGAGGCGCAGUUUGGCGACUUUGUAAAUAACGCGCAGGUCAUUGUCGAUCAGUUCAUCUCUUCGGGGGAGGCGAAGUGGAUGCUCGAGUCUGGGCUUGUCGUGUCUUUACCGCAUGGAUAUGACGGUCAAGGGCCGGAGCAUUCUUCUGCUAGGCUGGGUAGGUUCCUGGAGUUGGGCAGCGAGGAUGGGCGGGCUUGGCCUGAGGAUCUGGGAAGGGCGAGAAGGGAGGGGAAUGUGAGGAUUGUGUGUAUGACGACGCCGGCGAAUUUGUUCCAUGCGUUGAGGAGGCAGAUCUAUUCCCCCGAGAAGAAGCCUCUGAUUGUUUUCUUCUCUAAGUCUCUUCUCCGACACCCUGUCGCCAGGUCUCCCGUUUCUGACCUGAUGGGCACGUCUACCUUCCAGCCCGUCCUCGAGGACACCGAACACGGACGGGGUAACGUACACCCCCGCGAAGAGAUCGACCGCGUCAUUCUCUGCAGCGGUCAGGUCUACGCGGCACUGCACAAAUAUCGUGAGACAAAUGGCAUCAAGAACGUCGCCAUCACGCGCAUCGAAGAACUCCAUCCCUUUCCCUGGGCCGAAGUCAAGGAGAACCUGGAGUUGUACCCUAAUGCGCAAAAGAUUGUGUGGUGCCAGGAGGAACCAUACAAUGGAGGCGCUUGGCAGUACAUGCAGGACAGGCUUGAGACUGUGAUUGAGAAUUCGAGUGUGCUUGGGGGUAAGAAGGUUGUUUACGCUGGACGGGGGACUGGGGCUGCUACUGCGACUGGAUCUAAGAAGGUUCACCAAGCUCAGGAGACCAAGUUGCUCGAAGAUGCUUUCGAAGGUUAG